AUGAGCGGGAAAAGGCUCAACAAGCGUCAACUGCGAGAACAGCAAGAGCUACAAGAGCUCGCCGAUGUCCCAGUCCCACCCGCGUCCACUGGAGUGUCCAAAAAUGCACCUUUCUAUCAGCUGGUCGAUCAUGUCGACACUGACAGCUACGAGAACGAGCAAGGCGAAGAGAAGAGCUCUCCAAGAUCGAAUGCAAGCAAGAAGCCUACAGCGACCUCCCUCUUUGCUGCGCUGAGAGAUAGCACUCACGACCACGAAGACGCUGAGGAUCAACAGGACUCUGAUUCAGAUCACGACAUCACUUCCCAACAAGCGGCAAAAAGCAGCAAAAAGAAGAAUAAGAAGAAGAAAAAGAAGGCUGCCGCAGCUAUUGUCAUCAAAGAUGCUGUACAUCCAAGCGAUGACGACCAAGCUCAAGGUCUGCAGUCGAAACCACAACAGCCGAGAUCGAGCAGCGGAAGCAAAAAGUCGUCCAAGAAGAAAUCUGCAUCUGCCCUUCUAGCCAACAGUGCCGCGUCCAAGGACGUCUCCGAAAUGUCGAUAGACGAGUUCGACCAGCUUCUUGCCUCGCAAGCCUCACUCAACAGCGCCACCACUUCCGACAGCAAUGCUCGCGCUGGUCCCAACGCGUCUUCGACCCUGAACCGUAUGUCCGCCUUCCGCACCCACCUGAGCCUCGAUCCACGUAACCUCGACCCAGCCGUCGAGCUACGUCGUCAAUUCGGUUCGGCAGCCAUCAAGGCCUAUCAGAAUGAGGCCGCAUCCUCCUCCGCCGGUCGAGCCACCUCUGGCGCUCGAGCUCGAGCACAAGCCAACAACCCCAACCUCAAAGUCCGCUCCCUGCUAUGUACACCAAAAGACUACUGGCCGCCAAUCAGUCGCAGCUUCACGGGCAUGAGUAUGGACGUUCUCGACUCUCGCUCUCACGGCCGUAUCUGCGCAUGGAAGCAUAGCAAGGCCUACCGCCAAGUGCAGAUGCAGUUCCUCCAAGCGGUACGCAGCUACGAUCCCAACGCACUCAUGGCUCUGCUCCGCGUCUAUCCUUAUCACAUCGACACACUCUUGCAGCUCUCCGAAUACUCUCGUCACCAAGGCGAUCUAGGUCAGGCCGCUGACUUUAACGACCGUGCGCUGUUUGCAAUGGAACGCUGUGCCAGCCCUUAUUUUACAUCUUGUCUUUCCAGCACCACCUCUGGACCUCCGCUAGUCAACUUUAACAAGAUCGAAAAUCGUGCCUUCUACCUCGCCAUUCAUCGCAACAUAGGUUUUUUGGGCAGACGCGGAACGUGGAAAACGGCGCUCGAAUGGGCCAAGAUGUUGCUCGGCUUGGGUCAGGAUGGAGAAGACCACCACGCAGCGCUUCUCUGGAUCGACUUCUUGGCGAUCAAGUCACGCCAACACAGAUGGUUGUUGGAUCUUAUCCAGCGACUCGACGAGCAGCGAUCUCGUGCCUCGGCGGCAGGGGGAAAAGUGUCACAUAUUGACGAAAUCUCGGUUCCCGCUCGGACGAUUGUUGAUGCAACCGACAAGCAAGCAGCUGGAGAGAGUGAUGGGUACAAUGGCACGCUCGACUGGUGUGUCGGUCUAGCCUACUCUCGCGCGCUCGCUUUCCGAGCGAUCGAAAAGGAACAAGGCGACAAAACGCACGUUGAAUCCAACGCUGCGCUCCGACUCGCCAUCGCACGGUUUCCCGCUGUCGUCCCUCUGCUCUGCAACAAAGCGGGUGUAGAAUUACCCUCCAAGAUUGCUGGCCACUGCGCAUUUCAGCUGUCUACGCGCUAUUCCAGUUCUAGCGAUACGCUCGCCGACCUUCUCGCGCAUAUCUACGUCCUGCGAUCCGAAUCGCUGUGGAAGGAAGCCGCGCACGCCGAAUGGCUACGCGCUACAGCCAUGUCGCUCUCGGACACGCUGAUCGCCGACUUUGAUCUGGGCGAAACGAAGCGGAAACGUCAAUCUCCGUCUGCGUCACACAAUACGCGGCAGGGGAUCUAUCGUCAUGUGUUGGUCUCGGACCUACCGGAUACCACGCGCCAGCAGUUGAUUGCGUAUCUGCCACCGAGCAUUACAGGCAGCAGCGAGCAGAUGGAUGCGUUUGAUCCUGUGCCUCCGCUAACGACUGCAACCAUACAUGGCAGCGAUGCCGAGGCACAAGUGGACAUAGAGGUGCAAACGGUGACUAGGUACGAUGAUGCUUAUUUCGCGCCCAUCAUGUCGGACUUGUCUUCGCGCAGCCGAGGAGCCGCUCGAGCUGGGGCGGCAGCAGCAGCAGGCGGGGACGGGGGCGGAAUGAUGCAGGCUUUCCGUCGCGCUCUUCAGGGUCUCGGCGGGCUGCAAGGCUGGGACGCUGCCAUGGAGGCGAUGGAUGAUGAGACCAGGCAAGACCUGAUGGCGCAGGUGAUGCAGAUGGCGCAGGCUGCACAUCCCGCGGGCGGGAUGCCCGGUGGGUUUGGCGAUGACGAUGACGAUGACGAUGACGAUGCUGCGGAGGUUCAGCAGGGUCAGCAGAGCGAGCAGGGCGAGCAGGGCGAGCAGGGCCGGGUGGGAGAUAUGGCAGCCGCACGCCCAGGAGCGUUCGCUGCGAUUCGCGCUGCUAUGGAUGCUAUCUGGGGUACAGGCGGCGGUGGCGAUGCUCAAGACGAAGAAGACACAGACGAGCACGGCGAUGCGCACGGCCAAGAGCACGCACAACAAUAUUGA